AGUUUCUCCUCUUUCUAUCCACUCUGGUCUCUCCCCUCCGCUGGGCUGCCUAAACCAACCGAUCCAGUCGGUGUGACCUUCCCAGCUCCUCCAAAAGAAACUUCCGAAGCCCCACAAUGGCCAGCUACAGGACCACCUCGUACACUGUGAAGAGCUCCUCCGGCCCCAGGAACUUCAGCAGCAAUUCCUACGCUGGCUCGGGCGGCAUUUCCCGCAGCAGCUACAGCGUGCGGAGUUCUAUUGGAGGAGGCAACAGGGGCUACGGCGGUGGAGCCGGCAUCACCAGCUCCUCGGUCUUCGGCCUGGGAUCCAGCAUGAGCGGUGCAAGCAUGGGCUAUGGCAUGGGUGGUGGAAUGGCUGUCCAGGCCCCGAUCACUGCUGUGACUGUCAACAAGAGCCUGCUGGCCCCUCUGAACCUGGAGAUUGACCCCACCAUCCAAGCCGUCCGCACCCAGGAGAAGGAGCAGAUCAAGAGCCUCAACAACCGCUUUGCCUCCUUCAUUGACAAGGUUCGCUUCCUGGAGCAGCAAAACAAAAUGCUGGAGACCAAGUGGAACCUGCUGCAGGGGCAGACCACCACCCGCUCCAACAUCGACGCCAUGUUCGAGGCCUACAUCGCCAACCUGCGCAGACAGCUGGACAGCCUGGGCAACGACAAGAUGAAGCUGGAGGCCGACCUGCACAACAUGCAGGGUCUGGUGGAGGACUUCAAGAACAAGUAUGAAGAUGAGAUCAACAAGCGCACAGAGUGUGAGAACGAUUUUGUCCUCAUCAAGAAGGACGUCGAUGAGGCCUACAUGAACAAAGUCGAGCUGGAGGCCAAGCUGGAGAGCCUGACAGAUGAGAUCAACUUCCUCAGGUCCAUCUACGAGGAGGAGCUCCGUGAACUCCAGAGCCAGAUCAGGGACACCUCAGUCAUCGUAGAGAUGGACAACAGCCGCAACCUGGACAUGGACUCCAUUGUUGCUGAAGUCAGAGCUCAGUACGAGGACAUCGCCAACCGCACCCGGGCCGAAGCCGAGUCAUGGUACAAGAGCAAGUUUGAGGAGAUGCAGACGUCCGCCACCAGAUAUGGAGACGACCUGAGGGCGACCAAGACAGAAAUUGCUGACCUGAACCGCAUGAUCCAGAGACUGACAUCAGAGAUCGACGCCAUCAAGGGACAGCGUGCCAACCUGGAGGCCCAGAUCGCUGAGGCUGAGGAGCGCGGGGAGAUGGCCGUCAGGGAUGCCAAGGGUCGCAUCAAGGACCUGGAAGACGCCCUGCAGAGAGCCAAGCAGGACAUGGCCCGCCAGAUCAGAGAGUACCAGGAUCUGAUGAACGUCAAGCUGGCUCUGGACAUUGAGAUCGCCACAUACAGGAAGCUGCUGGAGGGAGAGGAGGACAGGCUGGCCAGCGGCAUCAAGGCCAUCAACAUCUCCCAACAGAGCACCAGCUACGGCGGUUACCCCAUGGACUCCUUGAAGAGCAGUUACUCCAGCUCCUACUCCAGCGGCUUCGGCAGCGGAUACGGCAGCGGAUACAGCAGCGGCAUGGGGGGCUUCAGCGGUGGAAGCGUGGGUGGCUACACCAGCAGCCAGACCAAGAAGAACGUCGUGAUCAAGAUGAUCGAAACCAAGGACGGCAGAGUGGUCUCCGAGUCCUCUGAGGUCAUCGAGGAUUGAGCGGGAAGCGUGAAGGCGUAGUUAGGAUCUCCCUUGCCAUCCCGCUAGUUUCCUACCACACAGAUCACUCCCCUCUUUGCUAACAUUUGUAACGGUGUGAAGUGAAACGCUUACCAGCCACAGUCUUAACAUGCUCAUAAAGCGAUGAGAUCCGACACGACCAAAGAACUGAAAGGGACCAAAGAGUUUAUUUAGUUUGUCAGAUGCCCAAGUAGUUCCGUCUCUGAAAGGAGUUUGAGCAAGUGGCACGAGGAUGUAAAGGACACGCUCCCAAUCGCUGCAACCCUUCCCUCACAAGAUGGUUCCCUGUUGGAUCGAACGAACAGUGGUGUAAAGUUUAUGUACUGAACGUGGUCAACUAAUGUCUUCUAAAUGCCUGCGACAGUAGGUAGUGCAUGUCGUCCUGUAACUGAAACCAUGACACCCCUGUGGAGACCGCCCACGUCACACUGUCCCCGAGGUGCUGUUUUUGCUACCAAACCAAAUAAAACAUGAAAAAAAAAAGA